UACGCGCUUAAACUGUUGUCAGACGCAUUUCACUAUCAGCCGCAAUUCGCUUUGCAUUUUUCCUGUUGGGAGGAAGUCGAUAACGAAUACUUUUACGAUCCUCUUCAGAUAAUCUGAAAAAAUGGCCCGAAUAGCUACGCUAACGACUGGUUGCAUGGAGUCCAUCCUGUCCGGGGUCGAUAUCGACAAGCCGGUCGUCCAGAUCCUCGGUUCCAAGAAAAUCCCUGGACCGGAAGGCACGGAUCGUCUGCGGUUGCUCGUUUCGGACGGGAAGCACUUGAACAGUUUCGCUAUGUUGGCCACACAAUUAAAUGAUUUGCAUGCCAAAGGUGAACUCGAUGAAAACACGAUUGUGCGGCUGGACCGGUACUGCACGUCGAUGGUCAACAAGUCUGAGAAGGGAGACAGGCGUGUGUUAGUCAUCCUUGAGUUGACAGUUCUGACUAGCGGAUUGCAAGUGGGCAAGAAAAUCGGAACGCCAGUUCCCUACACUGGAGAACCACAAAAACCUGCGAGUAAUGUCUCGAAACCGGCACCAAGCGCGGCGACGCCAUCCAGUAAUACAUCGAAUGGAUCCGCAUUCGGUUCAAGGCCAACAGCAGCGAGCCCGUACGGGGCAUCCAAUGGAUCAUCGUUUGGACGGAAUGCAGCGCCUUCCACGCAAGGGGGCCAGCAAUUGACUCAUCCCAUUGCAAGUCUCAGUCCUUACCAAAACAGAUGGGUCAUAAAAGCUCGUGUCACAGCCAAAUCUGGCAUGCGUUCAUGGAGUAACGCAAAAGGCGAAGGAAAACUUUUCAGCAUGGAUCUCAUGGAUGAAUCCGGUGAAAUUCGGGCAACCGCUUUCCGUGACGCUGCCGAUAAAUUCUAUGAUCUUAUUGAAGUUGAUAAAGUCUACUACAUCUCCAAGUGCCAAUUGAAAUCGGCCAACAAACAGUUUUCAACAUUGAAUAAUGACUAUGAAAUGACAUUCACCAAUGAAACCACCGUUCAGCCAUGCGACGAUGAUGAGUCCUGCAUACCAAAGAUGCAGUUCAACUUUGUGCCCAUCGCACAGAUUGCAAACAUAGAGCCGAAAGCCGCAGUUGAUGUAAUUGGUGUUUGCAAAGAAACUGGAGAAAUCCAACGUUUUACGGGAAGGACGAAUAAUAAGGAAUUCAUAAAAAGGGAAAUCACUCUAGUUGACUCGAGCAAUGCUAGCGUUGCCUUGACUCUAUGGGGUGAUGAUGCUGUAAAUUUCGAUGGUCAUGUCCAACCAGUUAUUCUUGUGAAGGGCGCUAGAGUUUCAGAAUUCGGGGGUGGAAAAACUAUAAACCUCGGAGUGGGAUCUUCAAUGAAAAUCAACCCUGACAUUCCAGAAGGUCACAAACUGCGUGGAUGGUUUGACAAUGGUGGCGGUGACGAAAUUCAGUCAAAUGUUUCGACCAGAUCGGCUGCCGGUGGCGGAUCUUUCAACACAGAAUGGUUGACAUUCCAUGAAGCUCAGCUUAAGAAUUUGGGUGCCGAUGACAAGCCCGACUAUUUCCAAGUUAAAGCAGUGAUCCACAUGGUGAAAGCGACAAAUGCCACAUAUAAAGCUUGCCCGCAGCCUGAUUGUAACAAGAAAGUAAUCGAUGAGGAGAACGGCAUGUAUCGUUGCGAGAAAUGUAAUCAAAGCUACACCAAUUUCAAGUACAGACUCCUUAUAAAUAUGAGUGUUGCCGAUUGGACCUCUAACCGCUGGGUGACAUGCUUCAAUGAAAUUGGCGAACAGCUGCUUGGCAAAUCAGCGCAAGAAGUCGGCAGAGAUAUCGAAGAACAAGGGGAAGCAGCUCUACAGACAAUGAAUUUUAAAUCCUAUGUUUUCAAGCUAAGAGCUAAAAUGGAGAUGUUUGGGGAUGUAGGUCGAAACAAAAUGACAGUGAUGAAUAUUUCCCCAGUAAAUUACAAGGAGUACAAUAGACAUUUGAUAAAAGACUUGCAGGAGCUAACUGGCAUUGGAAAAGUUUAGACGGAGUCACGGUUUUUUAUCUUUAUCUUAUACAUCAUAUGCUAUUCUAUGUUAACGGUUUUGAAUAAAUUAUAAGUUUUUCAU